CUUCCGCCGCUGCAGCCGAUACGACGAGGCCGAGAGAGUGGGCGGAUCGGAUCGGAAGCUUCUAGAAGUUUCCGGUACGUGGUGUGGGAUGGCGACGAUCCGCGCGAGGUCCUCCUCCGCCGCGGCGGCGCUCGCGCUCGCGCUGGCGCUGGCGUCCGUCGCCGCGGUCGCCGGCGAGGUCUUCUUCCAGGAGAAGUUCGAAGAUGGAUGGGAAAGUCGGUGGGUCAAGUCAGAUUGGAAGAAGGAUGAGAACAUGGCUGGUGAAUGGAACCACACAUCUGGAAAGUGGAAUGGAGAUCCUGAGGACAAAGGUAUCCAAACCUCUGAGGACUACAGGUUCUAUGCUAUUUCGGCAGAGUACCCUGAAUUCAGCAACAAGGACAAGACCCUGGUGCUGCAGUUCUCUGUAAAGCAUGAGCAGAAACUUGACUGUGGUGGUGGAUACGUCAAGUUGCUUGGUGGUGAUGUUGACCAGAAGAAAUUUGGUGGGGACACACCCUACAGCAUUAUGUUUGGACCAGACAUCUGUGGUUACAGCACCAAGAAGGUUCAUACUAUCCUUACUAAGAAUGACAAGAACCAUUUGAUCAAGAAGGAUGUGCCCUGCGAGACUGAUCAGCUGUCUCACGUGUACACUUUGAUCAUCCAUCCUGAUGCUACAUACACCAUUCUCAUUGACAAUGUUGAGAAGCAAUCUGGCAGCGUCUAUGAGCACUGGGAUAUCCUUCCUCCAAAGCAAAUCAAGGACCCAGAGGCUAAGAAGCCAGAGGACUGGGAUGACAAGGAGUACAUUCCUGAUCCUGAGGACAAGAAGCCAGAGGGCUAUGAUGAUAUUCCCAAGGAAAUCCCGGACCCUGAUGCUAAGAAGCCGGAGGAUUGGGAUGAUGAGGAAGAUGGUGAAUGGACUGCUCCAACCAUUCCAAACCCUGAGUACAAGGGACCAUGGAAGCAAAAGAAAAUCAAGAACCCUAACUACCAGGGCAAAUGGAAGGCACCUAUGAUUGACAACCCUGACUUCAAGGAUGACCCAUAUAUCUAUGCUUUUGACAGCCUGAAGUACAUUGGCAUUGAGUUGUGGCAGGUCAAAUCAGGAACUCUGUUUGACAACAUUCUUAUUACUGAUGACCCUGAGUUGGCCAAGACAUUCGCAGAUGAGACAUGGGCCAAGCACAAGGAUGCUGAGAAGGCUGCUUUUGACGAGGCAGAGAAAAAGAAGGAAGAGGAGGAAGCCUCCAAGGCCGGUGAGGACGAUGAUGACCUAGAUGAUGAUGAUGCCGAAGUCGAGGACAAGGCUGAAGAUGACAAGGCUGACUCUGAUGCAGAAGAUGGCAAGGAUUCUGAUGAUGACAAGCAUGAUGAGCUUUAAGAUGGUGAGGAUGAAGAAUGGAGGCCGCCUUCGUGCCGAUGCCAGGAUUUGUUAGUUCUCCCAUUGUUAUGAAGUUCCCUUUUUUUCGUGAUCAGAAACUUGACAAAAAGUGCUAUGUAGGUGAGCAUUGCUGAGGGACGUUAAUUUGGUCUUUGUAGCUCUCUGUAGUGUCAUUUUUCCACCACAUGAAAAAGCUGAUAGCUUAAAUUGAACAAGAGAGAUCUUUGCCCAAUA